AUGAGCGACGAAGAACUCGUUCAGUGUCCUAAUAAUCCCAAUCACCUGGUUCCUAGAUCACAAAUAGACGAGCAUGUAAAUACAUGUCAAUUAUUGAUGGAUCCUAAUCAAGAAAUGCAAAUUACAACUUCAUCCGAUGACGAACCAAGACACUCAACAUCUUACCAGGGGUCACUUCAGGAGGGAAGUUCUCAUCAGGGGGGAAGUCAAAUGGCAACUCUUCCAAUUUCUGAGGAUACAUCUACUCAAGAAUGGAGAUCAUCACUAAAACCAGAAAUACAGGUAGUAUCACCAAAUAGAUUACAAAUGCUAAGACCUUACCCACAGCCGUUUGAAAGUAGUGAAACCUCAAGUGAAACAGAUAUAGAUUUAUGUGGAUCAGAAUGUUUUUCGGAUAAUCAGUCGAAAUUACAGAUGACAGAUACACGUAAAAAAAAAUAUAUUAAAAUAAUAAAUACAAGAAGCAAGUCACUUAAGAAACUAAAAUUAGACAGUAGUACUGAUGACACUUCUUCAUCAAGCAAUGACUCGACAUUUUCACUUCAUUACACUAUGCCAGAUAAAGAGAAACAAAUUAUACAUAGUUUUGGUGAAGAUUAUAUAAAACAAAUAUCUCCAGCUUCACAAGAAGAAUCUAGUUCACAGCAAGCAGCUAGUUCACCACAAGAAACUAUUUUACAACCGUUAAAAAUGACAUUGAAAAAGGAAGAUGAAAACAUGGAAGUUGAAAGUAUGAUGAAUCUAUCGUCAAGUUCAUUGCCACAAGUGUCUACUUCAUUAGUAGUUCCAAUGGACGAAUCUUCUUUGUCUGAAGAGGUUUCACAAGAACAAUCGGAAUCAAUUAGUUCUUAUGCUGAAUCAACAAAUGAUUCGGAUGAUACAGAAAAUCAAAGAAUGAGAAGUGACAUGGAACAUGAAGAAAUGUAUACAGAAGAAACAACGGAUGUAGGAAUGUCACAUUUUUCGACAGAAGUGACUACUCCAUUUGAAGUUCAAAUGGAAGAAUCUUCUUUGUCUGAAAAGGAUUUACAAGAACAAUCACAACCAUCUAGUUCUUCUACUGCGCCAACACAUUAUUCGGAUAUUUCAAAACGACCAAAAAUGAUUGGUAAAAGGAAACAUGAAAAAAUAAUAAUAGAAGAAACAAAGAAGCCUGAAAGAUCGCAUACUUUAUCAGAAGUGACUAGUCCAUUAGAAGUUGGAUUGGCAGGACCUUCUUCAUCUGUUCCAAAAGAACAAUCCAAACCAGUUAGUUUCCCUGCUAAGACAAUACAAGAAUCAGUUAGUUCAGAACGUCAAAGUAGGUCUAGGAAAAAGAAAUAUGAAGAACUAAUGGAGAUGGAUCCGGUUAGACCAAGACACCGAAAUGUUCCACAACAACAAUUACAAUCAGUAAGUUCUCCUACUGAGACAGAACAAGAUUCGGAUCGUUCACAACAGCCAAAAAUUAUAAAGGUGACUACUCAAUUAGAAGUUGAAAUACAAGAACCUUCUCUGGCUGCAGAUGUUACACAACAACAAUUACAAUCAGUAAGUUCUCCUACUGAGGCACAACAACAUUCUGAUCGUUCACAACAGUCAAAAAUGACAGAGGAUAAGAUACCUGAAAAAAUUGAUACAGAAGAAAAAAAAAAGGAUGAAGCGUCACCUACUUCAUCAGAAGUGACUACUCCAUUAGGAGUUGAAUUGGAAGAGCCAUCUCUGGCUGGAAAUAUUCCACAACAACAAUCACAACCUUUUAGUUUUCCAGCUGCAACAACACAAGAUUCGGAUGAUUCACAACGGCACAUUAGUUUUAUGACAGAGAAAUAUGCAGAAAAUAUUGGAGAAGAAAUGACGGAUGCUGAAGUGUCACAUGUUUUGGCAACAGAGACGAAUUUACAACUGAUUAAAACUGAAGAACCUUCUUCUUCUAGAGAUGUUCCAGAAAUAAUAGCUACUUAUCGUGGUGACACAACAAAUGAUGAGUCACCACAAGCAGAUAUUUCACAACAAGAUAGUAGUUCGCUACAAGAAAGUAGUUCGCUACAAGAAGAUAGUUCGCUACAAGAAGAUAAUUCGCUACAAGGAGGUAGCUCACUACAAGAAUAUAGUUCACAAUCAGAAGAAAGCUUGGGGGAAGAAAUGUCAGAUAUGUUGAAUUAUCUGCAUUGGAUGCAAAUUGGAUCUUCAAAACCUACUUCAUCUUUACAAGAAGAACAAUCCGAACCAGUUGUUUCUCAUGAUGAAGCAAAACAUGAAUUAAAUGUUCCACAAAAAGAAAGUCGGUCAAGAAAAAGGUCAAACGAAAGCUCAAGUGAAAACUCGGAUAUCGAUGAUUUACAAAAAAAAGGAAGUUCACCAGAAGCAGAUAUUUCAUCAGAAAAAGAUGGUUCACGAAGGAAAAAAAUAUGUCUAGAAAAAAGAAGACGUUAUGAUUCUACUUCAACAACAGAUGAAGAUAAAGGUGAAAAGACUGAUUUGGAGAAACCAUCUUCCUCUGUUCCAAAAGAACAAUCUGAACCAGCUAGUUCUUCUUCUGAGACAAGACAAGAUUUGGAUGAUUCACAACGGCAAAUUGGUUCUAGUAAAGAGAAAUAUGACGAAAUUUCUAUAGAAGAAACAGUGGAGGCUAAAGAGUCACAUAUUUUGGCAGAAGAGACAACUUUACCAGUGGUUGAAACGGAAGAACCUUUUUUGUCAAGAGAUGUUCAACAACAACAAUUACAACCAGUUAGUUCUCCUGCUGAGACAAAACAUGAAUUAGAUUUUCCACAAAAGGCAAGUAGAUUAAGGAAAAGGUCAUAUGCAAGAACGGAUAUGGAAAUAGGUAGUUUACAAGAAGGAGGUAGCUCACAACAAGCAGAUAAUUCACAAGAAGCAGAUAGCUCACAAAGGGAAGUUAUAAAAAAAAGAAAACGUUCUGAUUCUUCUUUAACAACAGAUGAAAAUAAAAGUAAAAAAAUUGGAUUGGAAGAACCUUCUUCGUCUGUCCCAAAAGAACAAUCCAAACCAGUUGUUUCUUGUGAUAAGACAAAACAUGAAUCAGAUGUUCCACAAAGUGCAGGAAUUAGGUUAAGGAAGAGGUCAUAUGAAGCAACGAUAGCCAAAAAAGUUAGUUUAGACGAUCCAUGUUGCUCAUUUCAAACAGAUAGUUCACAAGAAGGAGAUAGUUCACAAAAAAAAAUUCGAAAAGAUUCUAAUUCUGAUUCUUCUUCAUCAUCAGAUUAG